AUACCCGAGCACGUUGUACAAGUCUUAUGAUUUGUACGACGAGGCUGAAAAUGCAUUGCGCACGUACAUUGACAAUGAAGAUGUAGUAAGAGAUGUCCAACGUGAAUGUGAAGUGGCUAUCCAUGAAAAUCAACCUCCGAAUAAUGUUCGUGGGAAAGAUGCAAUGGACAUUCCUCUAGCAGCCCCGGAAGUUGUUGGGCACAAUUACGAGGUGGAGGGAUACCGUAAUGUCGGUAACUAUCUCAUGAAAAUGUCGGUUCCUCAAACUAGUGCUGUGGAAAGUGAAGUGUUGAUGACGUUGUUUCUUCGACACAAACAACGGGAAAUAGUUCCUGAACGAGGCAGAAUGACAGCUCCACACUUCAGGGAUUUGUUACACCAACUGAAAAGGAGACUACCUGUAACUUGCAUUGAUCAAGUUGAUCUUGCGAAGAUCAUAUUUUCUUGGAAGAAGCAAUACUUCAGUAUAAAAGCUAUGUUGAAGACAAGGAUGUUUGUGUGGGACUAA